UAUGGGAAGAUCUGGGCAACUGAUUCAGUCGUUAGCGGUGAUCUAUUUGGUGAACAACGAGCAUCAGCAGCAGCAGCAGCAGCAUAAGACUUUAGCAUGGAGAACAUUGAUGAAGACCUGACCCCCGAGCAGAUUGCCGUUCUGCAGAAGGCAUUCAACAGCUUUGACCACCAAAAGACCGGCAGCAUCCCCACCGAAAUGGUGGCCGACAUCCUGCGACUCAUGGGUCAGCCCUUCGACAGACAGAUUCUCGACGAGUUGAUCAAUGAGGUCGACGAGGACAAAUCCGGCCGCUUGGAGUUCGAGGAGUUCGUGCAGCUGGCAGCUAAAUUCAUCGUCGAGGAGGAUGACGAGGCCAUGCAGAAGGAACUGCGCGAGGCCUUCCGUCUGUACGACAAGCAGGGCAAUGGCUACAUUCCCACCUCCUGUCUGAAGGAGAUCCUGAAGGAGCUCGACGAUCAGCUGACCGACUCGGAACUGAACAUGAUGAUUGAGGAAAUCGAUUCUGACGGCUCCGGCACCGUGGACUUUGAUGAAUUCAUGGAGAUGAUGACUGGCGAAUAAGUCUCGACUCUUGGACACACUCUUGGAAACAUCUCCUAGCAUUGAUGGCUGCAUGCCGUGCACCACUCCCCACACCCCACACGAACUUUGAGGCUUGAAUAAACAUUUUCUAUUUUAUUUCUA